AUGUCUCCAGAAGGCGUAGAUAUCAAGUACAAAUGUCAUAAUGGCAAAAGUGGUAAAAAUAAAUGUAUCUGUCAGAGUGAUGGUCGAAUUGAGGUAGAAGAAGGAACUCUCAAAGAUACUUAUGGAAAAGAGACAAGCUACAGAUAUUGUAUACAUUGGAAUAGAAGAAUUGAACCAUUGAUAGCAAAUCUUAACUAUGGUAAUCAGCACCUUAACAUUAAAAAUAGCGAAAGUAAGGCAUCUACUUCAUUUUCCGAUGAACACCAUGAGAUAUUUGAAGUAACAACUUACUACUCCUUUGAACAUGAUGAUGGCAAGACAACUAUAAGAGUUCCUCUAGUCCUCAGAGUGCAAAGUAAAGCUAGCGAAGAUAGUGGUGGUAGCUACUACUGGUAUGAAAAUACUGGUACUAAUGGAGAUAACCUGACAUGGAAAAGAAUUCCAGGGGUAGAGAAUGAAUAUCCUAAAAAUAACAAGGAUCCUGCUAGUAGUGAUUUAGUACAGAAGCUAAAGGAUCUCACAUGCUCUCUCCACAACCUUCAUAUCGUUGACAUUUACAAGGCAAAAAACUAUAGCUGUCCGUGUGGUAAGGCCAAUGUCACAGUUAGGUCUGAGACGAAAGCUGAUCUUUCUGGGUAUACCCAAUAUGAGUACACAUACAAGACUAAGGAAAACUCCGUUAUAUAUGAAAAUGUUACUCUUGAAGAUGAUUAUAGUGGAAAUCCCCUUAUACUCAAUGAUAUAACCGGAGAUCUUUCUGUUUUCUACUGGAAUGAAGACAAGAAGCGUAAGAAACCUCUUAUGUUAGAGGUUUCUGUAGGAAUUGCGGGAAUAGGUGUUGGAACUACGAAAGUUUACUAUGGAAACAAAGGCGAUGAAAAUAAUAAAAAAUGGAUACCGAUAGGCACAGGACCUGUAUCUAGGGAAAAACUUCACGAGCUACAGUGCCAAGUUUUCAAACCAGUGAUCAUAGAUGUUGCUGAACAUAUUGGAGAGUAUACUAACAAGUAUUGUAGUGGAGAAUGUCCUAAUAAGGACUGUCCUGGUAAAGUAACAGUUUCCGCUUACCCUCUACGCGGUCUAAGCGGAUAUACUGCUUGGAGACACACCUAUGGCAAUAAAGGAGAAAACUUUACCAUCACAAGUUUCACUAAUGGAUCUUCUCCAAUUGAUAUUCCGACAGGAUCCUUUCCAAUCUGGGAUGUUAAAGAUGUACUAGUAUUUUUUCUAGAGUGUGCUCCUGGUAACACUGCUACUGAAAGACCUUUUAUAGUCUGUGUUAGCACUGGGAAUGGAUAUACUUAUAGGUGGUCCAAUAACCAUUGCAAAAAGGGUGGUAAGUUUGAGCUGGAGAAAAAACUUCAAGAACUAAAGAAAGAAUUGGGCCAAGAAGCUAAACAAAAAUCACAAACUGAGGAUGACUCAGAUGAUGAGGAAGAAGAUGAUCCUGUUUCCGAAAAUCCUGAUGACUCGCAAUCUACUGAAGGAAAUAAUGGAGCUCAACGUGAAGAGGUCCCAGCAGCUGACUUAACUGACCAACUUUCUGAUACAGAGUCUGAAACCAAGAUUCUCCUACAAGGUACUCCAGUGGCUCAAAUGGCUGAAGAUGCUAUAGAUGGUGAAAGGUUAAAACAUAUUAUUGCUGAUCCAUCUAGAGUAUAUCUUGAUGGAUUUGAAGUACUAGGUGGCUCUACUAUUCAUACUCUUCUUCCUGGAGCCACAGGUUCUAGACCGCCACCUCCUGAGCUUACUGUUGGUACUAAUAUUCCUCCUGUACUAUGUAGUUAUACUCAACCCUUAUCUGGAUUAGAAGGUAAUUCCGUUACUAUCCAACACUUUGCCUCACUCCUCCCAACUACUACUCCUAAAGAAGCUUCUCCUACUCUUACUCCUGUUGAAAUCCAUGAGACUAUCCCUCUUCUUCCUAAAGAAACUGGACCUGAAGCUCCCACCGAAGAACUUACUGCUGAACCUGUUACUAAAGCUGAAAGACUUGAAGCCUCAGGCCCUGGUCAAGGAACUCAUGGUCUUGGCUUUUCUCCAGGCCCUAAACCUCAAACUAACUCUUCUUUUUGGGAAUCUUAUGACAAAUCUAUCCCUACUGUCCUGACUGGAGUUGGUGUUGUAUCUGGUACUCUUACCGGACUUGGUGGGCAUUCAAACGUUCUAAAGGAGACCCUUGGGUUAGACAAGUAUAUCUUAUGGAUCGUAAGGAGUAUCAUGUUGAGUAUGGAUGAAGGGUUGUACGACUCUGAUGAGGAGAGAUUAAUGGAGGCAACCCAGUAG